UUCAGUGGAGAGAAAAAAAUCCCGCUCGGGUCCGGUGGAAGGGGCAGAGAAGCACGACUCGGCGAUCCGUCUCCGUUGAAAUCAGUAUGGUGUCAGCCGCGUCGUCAGCCGCACCGCGCUCCCUGUGAUUCCCUCGAGUUCGCAACGUGUUCAGUUCGUCGCGCCAUGUGUGAGUGCGUGUUCUAAAAGUGCAACUAAAAAUCACCCGCCCGACUCAGUUCAUAUUUUCGUCCAGUUUUUGAAACCUUUCGAGAGGAUCCCGUGUCAGAAUGCCGUGUCCGGAAGGUGAAAUUGAGAUCGCGGAAGUGGCCCAGCCGUGCGAGAGCCUCAGCUCCCUGCCGCGCUCCAUCAAGCACACCGACACUAGGGACAGCAUCGACAGCGACAUCUCCCUGUCCUACGACGCCAAGCCCUUCAUCCCGGCCAGCCAGCGGGCGCUCCUGGAGAAGUGCCUGGACAACGCCAGCGGCACCGACUCGGGCCUCGAGAGCGGCAAGGAGAGGAGCUACAAGAGCAGCGACGAGGACAAGAAGAGCGACGAGGACACCCCUUUCGUCCCGCCCAACGAGGAGCUCACCAAGAAAAUCAUCGACCAAGUUGAGUUCUAUUUCUCCGACGCCAACAUCACCCGCGAUGCCUUCCUGCUCAAGCACGUCAAGCGCAACAAGGAGGGCUACGUCUCCCUCAAGCUCAUCGCCAGCUUCAAGAGGGUGAAGCACUUGGCCAAAGAUUGGAGGGUGGUCGCCGCGGCUCUGGCCAAGUCCACUAAGCUCCAGAUCAACGAGCAAGGCACGAAACUCCGCCGGGUGGACCCGCUACCCCUCUACGACCAGACCACCCCUUCGAGAACCAUCGUGGCCAUCAACCUACCCUUGGAAAAGCCCACCAUCGAGAGCGUGGCCGAGAUGUUCCGCAACUGCGGCGAGAUCGCUCUCAUCCGGAUCCUCCGGCCGGGCAACCCCAUCCCCGCCGACGUCCGCCACUUCUACAACAAGCACCCCGAGAUGAACGGAGCCACCUCCGCCCUGGUGGAGUUCGUCCGCACAGAGUCCGCGCACAACGCCAUCAACCGCCAGGACUGGGGCUGCAAGAUGGGCGAAGACGGGCUCCAGAUCCUGGAGCUCAACGCCCCCGCCACCAAGAAGAAGACCACGAAGAAGAGCCCUGUCCAGAAGGUCUUCGACUCGGAUUACUCCUCUUCCUACAACUCCGGUUCCGAGUUGGACGACCCCCGACACAGGGUCUGGAUGCAGCGCCGCUGCUCCUCGCCGCACCUCAUCGGCCGCGCCCAAGAGACCGGGAACCACUGGCACCAGAGGAAAUGGUCCAGAGACUCCGGAACCGACAGCCCGUCAUCCUCCUUCUCCCGCUCCAGGAGCAACAGCGGCGUGUUCUUCAUGCCGGACUUCGGGCGCCGCACCUCUUCCGGUUGGGACUCAAGCUCGGACAGCUACGCCAGCUCCAACCGCUCCAGGUCCAACUCCGGGGUCUCCGUGCCCGACAUGGGCGUCAGGCGGUUCUCCGUCUCGAGCAAAGACGACUGCUGUUGCUGCUCGGGGCACCGCUUCGACAUGGACUCCGGAAGGAGGGUCUCCUUCAGCAAGGGCUCCGAGGACGGCUACGGCUCCUCCAGGUCCAGGUGCAGCAGCACCGCCUCGGACAUCAUGCGCAAGGACUCCAACCCGGAAUACUACUGCAUGCAGAGGCCCGCCCGGCUUUCCUUCAGCAAGGACGACGGUUUCCGCUCCCGCGCCGGCAGCAGCUCCUCCGACCACAUCCGACGGCUCUCCGGCGAGGAAUCCAACGGCGAGGUUAGGUUUGUCCGCUCGCGAUCCAACAGUGGUGUGAUGGGUGAGAAUGUUGUGCGUCUACCCCGGGGCCCGUCCGAGGGUAGCAGGGGCUUCCAGAGGGAGACCCUUUGUGACUACGUGGUGCACGAGUGAAGUGCGUGACGUCACCCGAGUGUCGCGCCGGGAAGUGAAGGAUUUCAAAGUGUCCUCAGUUUAGAACAGGAUUUCAAAGGAGGCAAGGACCGUUUCAAAUUGGCAUUUUGUUCUUUUUUCAUAGGCUAAGUAUGAAAUCUUAGGUAUUUAUUUAUUUAUUUAUUUAAUUUAUUCGGUUGCGUAAGGAUAGCUUAUUAAUUAAUUUAUUUACUUUGUUGAUUACGUAUUUCCCUAAUGAUUAUCAAAAUCUAAAGCAGUAAAUCAAUAGGCGUGAUUGGGGAUGAGGAAGCAACCCUAACCGAAAA